AUGGGCCCCCGCGUCAUUCCGGAGCCAGGCAACGUGCCAAACGUGUCUCAGGAUGCGCAACAAGCUUAUUGGGCUCUCCAGUCUGGUGGAGUUAUCAUCGCCCCAACCGAUGUAGGCUACGCGCUUAUGACAAGCACGCAAGACGGAGUCCAGAGGAUCUUCGCCGCUAAAGGCCGUCAACAGGGCCACAACAUCGGUAUCAUUGGGACGUACCAGCAGCAUCGGCAAAUGCAUAUAUUACCCGAGUCCAAGUUUGAACUUACACGUGUCUUGACGGAAGAUAUGGGGAUGAUAGUUGGAAUCAUCGCCAAAUACGAUUCCAAGAAUCUUCACCCGCGUUUGGCAGCCCUAGAUAAUACCACACUCUCUCAGGUCACAAAGGGAGAUACGAUCAGCAUCGCCGUUGCAGAGGGGCCUUUCUUGCGAGAGCUUGGCAGGCUUUGCGAUGACGAUCCACAGGGCAUGCUGAUGUUCGGGACUUCCGCAAACGUUACGGGGCAGGGACAGCGAUUCCGCAUUGAAGACGUUGAACCGGCCGUGCUUGCCUGCGCCGACUUGGUCGUGGAUUACGGUCUGCAGAAGUGGCAUAUGUAUGAUCGGGGUGGUGUCAACUUUGACGCCGAGAAGAUGCAGGUCUUGAGAAUGGGAGCCGGGUAUGAAGUAUUCAGAGACAGGAUCUUGAGAUGGUUCCCUCAACUGUUGGAAGAAGCAGGUGGCAGUCUUGAAGAGGAUCCGGAGCAUGGGGUCGGGUUACCACGCCCGCCUACCAGAACAGGGUAA